UUUCUCACAAACCCAAACAGAGUGUAAUGGACAAUACUACUAGCACUACUUGCUUCUUCUGAGUGCUAUCCUUUGAUGGCGCUUCUUGUAUGCUCUCCGUCUCUCUCGUUCAUCUCCUCCUCCUAUCGUCCACCAACCAAACAUCAGUGUUGUUUGACUCCCACCAGAGCAGAAUCCAGUCGUACCGGAGGAGGAGCUGCCCUUCUUUGGUUCAAGCACGACCUUCGGAUCCACGAUCACCCGGGAAUCCUAGCUGCCUCCAAAUAUCGGACUCUUGUUCCUUUCUACGUGUUCGAUUGCCGAAUUCUCUCGCGCUUUUCUGAUGAAAUGCUAGAACUACUUAUUUUUGCCAUAGAGGAUUUAAGAAAAUCAUUAAAGGAUCAGGGGUCUGAUCUAGUGAUCAGGUUCGGGACUGCAGAAAAUGUCAUACAAGAACUUGUAAAAGAGGUGAAAGCUACCAAUAUAUUUGCUGAAGAGGAAGUAGAGUACGAGUUAUGUAGAAUGAUGGAUGCUGUUAGUGAGACCUUAGCAACAGCGUCUUUUCCAAAGGGGAACCCAAGAUUUGUGCUAUGGAACACUCCACUUUAUGACAUCAAGAACUUGAAGGACCUGCCAGCAUCAUAUCAUGAAUUCAAGAAACUAAAGGUCCCUGUAAUUUCACCACUCUCGCUGCCAAAAUUACCGAAUUUAGAAGUGGACUUGACCUUGGGUUCCAUACCUGCGCUUGAUGAUUUGAAGAAAUUUAUGAAUGACUGUCUAGGAAAAUCAAAAGAUAAUUGGACUUCAAUCAAGGAAAUCUCAGCUGAAACCGUAUUGUGUAAGAAUCAGUUUGUGCCUACAAGUAAUCAAAAUGAAGGGUUGGGGUCCUCAAAGUUAGGGGAAAGCAAUCAAAACAGUUCUUAUAAGCAUGGCCAAAGCAAAAGACCAGAAUCUGUGUUUGUAACGCAAAGAGGGAAUUUAGUGGGAGGUGGGAGCACUGUUGUGUUGAAGGCAUUGGCUGCAUAUUUGAGAUACUUGGAGGGGACCAUCAGAGAUGAUUGGAAGGAGGUACAUGAAAAGUUACGCAAUGCUGAAAGUCGUGAAGGUGCUUCAUUUGGUACUCUCUUUGGGGCUGCCCUCUGCCUUGGCAUCGUAUCUAGAAGGAGAGCAUAUUAUGAAGCUAUUAAGUAUGAGAGAGAAAGAAAUGCUGGGUUUCUAUCUCCCUUUGGAUAUUCAGCAGCCACUGUUGCUGCAGUAGCUGAUACUGUUUGCUCUAUGGAGUGGUAUUGGCUUAUGGCUUCAAAAAGUCAAUUUAUUCAUAAAACAAUAUACAAUAUUCGAAUAUGGAGAUGGAAAGGCUUUCUAAUUCAGUAUACAAUCGUUGGUCAUGAAGGUCCAGCUAUUCUUCUUGUGCAUGGUUUUGGUGCUUUCCUGGAACAUUACCGUGACAAUAUAAAUGGUAUAGCCGAAGGUGGCAACCGAGUUUGGGCCAUUACGCUUCUGGGAUUUGGCAGAUCAGAAAAACCAAAUGUUGUGUACACUGAAGUUAUGUGGGCUGAAUUGAUCAGAGACUUCAUAAUUGAAGUUGUGGGGGAACCAGUGCAUCUUGUUGGGAAUUCAAUGGGUGGCUAUUUUGUUGCAAUUGUUGCUGGCCUCUGGCCUGCUGUAGGCAAAUCCGUUGUCCUUAUUAACACAGCUGGCAAUGUUGUUCCUCGAUAUUCAUCUGUGCCAUUUUCUGAAGAAAGGCAAACUUCAGGAGCUGCCUGGUUGGGUGCUAGACUCCUUUUACUCUACUUGAGGUCAACAAUCGAGAGUAUAGUGAAGAACUGCUACCCAACUCAAGUAGAGCGAGCUGAUGAUUUGAUUAUUAGUGAAAUGACACGCGCUUCAUAUGAUCCUGGUGUGGUUGUGGUUCUUGAAAGCAUCUUCACCUUCAAUCUUUCUAUUCCUCUUAACUUUCUUUUGCAAGGAUUUGAGAAUCAGGUUCUUGUUAUACAGGGAAUGAAAGAUCCAAUUGCUGACUCUAAGUCGAAACUCGCAAUGCUUAGAGCGCAUUGCAAAGGAAUCAUAAUCAAGGAACUAGAUGCUGGCCAUUGCCCUCAUGAUGAGCGGCCAGAAGUAGUUAAUUCUAUUAUCCAGGAAUGGGUAGUUACUGUGGGAACUAAAAUUUUAUCCGGUAACCGGGUGUGAAGAAAAAGAUGGAAGGAAGUUAUCAAAUUAAAUUCUUUUUGCCCCUAUUGUGAAGUAUUUUUUUGUCCCUUAAGGGACUCGGGUUAUGAUUUGUUUCUCCUGCGUUGGAAUCACAAGUUUCUCAAGGUCGGUUUGAUUAAUGAGAUAGUGAUAGAAAAUACAGAAAAAACAGAAAUAUAUAUAUAUAUAUAUAUUUUAUGGGUUGCAAAAACAUGGUUAAUCCCCCUUAUGAGUAACCUUAACAAAUAUUAGUCAUAUGAUCCUGGUGUGGUUGUGGUUCUUGAAAGCAUCUUCACCUUCAAUCUUUCUAUUCCUCUUAACUUUCUUUUGCAAGGAUUUGAGAAUCAGGUUCUUGUUAUACAGGGAAUGAAAGAUCCAAUUGCUGACUCUAAGUCGAAACUCGCAAUGCUUAGAGAGCACUGCAAAGGAAUCAUAAUCAAGGAACUAGAUGCUGGCCAUUGCCCUCAUGAUGAGCGGCCAGAAGUAGUUAAUUCUAUUAUCCAGGAAUGGGUAGUUACUGUGGGAACUAAAAUUUUAUGCAGUGACCGGGUGUGAAGAAAAAGAUGGAAGGAAGUUAUCAAAUUAAAUUCUUUUUGCCCCUAUUGUGAAGUAUUUUUUUGUCCCUUAAGGGACUCGGGUUAUGAUUUGUUUCUCCUGCGUUGGAAUCACAAGUUUCUCAAGGUCGGUUUGAUUAAUGAGAUAGUGAUAGAAAAUACAGAAAAAACAGAAAUAUAUAUAUAUAUAUAUAUUUUAUGGGUUGCAAAAACAUGGUUAAUCCCCCUUAUGAGUAACCUUAACAAAUAUUAGUCAUAUGAUCCUGGUGUGGUUGUGGUUCUUGAAAGCAUCUUCACCUUCAAUCUUUCUAUUCCUCUUAACUUUCUUUUGCAAGGAUUUGAGAAUCAGGUUCUUGUUAUACAGGGAAUGAAAGAUCCAAUUGCUGACUCUAAGUCGAAACUCGCAAUGCUUAGAGAGCACUGCAAAGGAAUCAUAAUCAAGGAACUAGAUGCUGGCCAUUGCCCUCAUGAUGAGCGGCCAGAAGUAGUUAAUUCUAUUAUCCAGGAAUGGGUAGUUACUGUGGGAACUAAAAUUUUAUGCAGUGACCGGGUGUGAAGAAAAAGAUGGAAGGAAGUUAUCAAAUUAAAUUCUUUUUGCCCCUAUUGUGAAG